AUGGCGUUGAUGGUGGAUCUCUUUGCGUCUGUCGAACGGAACAUCACCCAUGUCAAGCAUGGCCCAGACACCCUUAGCCCUCCCUCCCAUCCCACCACCACCCUCUUCAAUGCUCUCGAGUCCUCCACCACCCUCGCCCACCUCAAACAAGUUCACGCCCAAAUCCUCCGCCGCUCCAAUCACCACCGCGGCUCCAAUUCCCUCCUCCUUCAACUUGUUCUCUCCUCUUGUGCACACUCCUCCAGCCUCGACUACGCCCUCGCUGUCUUCAGCCACAUUCCAAGGCCCGACACCCGCCUAUCCAACAAGUUCUUGCGCGAGUUGUCGCGGAGCGCCGACCCCGAGAAGGCCCUCCUCGUGUAUGAGUGGAUGAGGAGGGAGGGACUUAGUUUGGACAGGUUCAGCUUCCCGCCAUUGCUGAAGGCGGUGUCGAGAGCUUCGGAUCUGGUCCUGGGGAUGGAGAUUCAUGGGCUAGCGUCGAAGUUGGGUUUCAGUUCGGACCCGUUUGUGCAGACUGGUUUGGUUAGGAUGUAUGCUGUGUUUGGGCAGAUAAUGGAAGCGAGAUUGGUGUUCGAUAAAAUGCCUCACCGGGACGUCGUUGCAUGGAGCAUUAUGAUUGUUGGGUACUCCCAGAGUGGUCUUUUGGAUGACGCAUUGAAACUAUUUGAUGAGAUGAAGGCAUCUAAUGUGGAACCAGAUGAGAUUGUUCUUUCUACAAUUGUUUCUGCCUGCGGCCGCAGUGGAAAUUUAAGCUAUGGGAAAGCGAUCCAUGAGUUCAUCACUAAAAAUAAUAUUGUUGCUGACCAACAUUUACAGAGUGCUCUUGUUACCAUGUAUUCAAGUUGUGGAUCUAUGGAUUUGGCUCAGGAACUGUUCGACAAGAUGUCACCAAAAAACUUAAUUAUUUCUACUGCCAUGGUUUCUGCAUAUUCAAAGGUCGGACGCGUUGAAGAUGCUCGCAUGAUUUUUAAUGAAACAGAUGAGAAGGACUUGGUAUGUUGGAGUGCGAUGAUAUCUGGUUAUGCUGAGAGUGAUCGUCCUCAAGAAGCUCUUAAAUUAUUCCAUGAAAUGCAAGCGUUAGGAAUACAACCUGAUGAAGUCACCAUGUUGAGUGUCAUCUCAGCUUGUGCUCAUCUUGGUGGAUUGGACCAUGCCAAAUGGAUCCAUUUAUAUGUUGACAAGAAUGGAUUUGGUGGAGCUUUGCCUGUUAACAAUGCUCUUGUUGAUAUGUACGCUAAAUGCGGCUGCUUGGAAAGAGCAAGAUGGGUAUUUGAGAAGAUGCCAAGAAAAAAUGUGAUAUCUUGGACCAGUAUGAUCAGUGCCUUUGCCAUGCAUGGAGAUGCUAGCAAUGCACUAAGCUUCUUCUAUCAAAUGAAAGAUACAGAAAUUGAACCUAACGGGAUUACAUUUAUUGGGGCACUUUAUGCUUGUAGCCAUGUGGGGCUAGUCAAAGAGGGUCGGAAAAUCUUUUCAUCCAUGAUUAAUGAGCACAACAUCACUCCCAAACAUGAGCACUAUGGUUGCAUGGUUGAUCUCUUUGGCCGUGCCAAUCUCUUGAGGGAGGCUCUUGAGGUUAUAGAGACAAUGCCUUUGGCACCUAAUGUUGUCAUUUGGGGAUCCUUAAUGGCUGCUUGCCGUAUUCAUGGUGAAACUGAAUUAGGAGAAUUUGCGGCCAAACGGCUUCUUGAGCUAGAUCCAGAUCAUGAUGGGGCGCAUGUGUUCUUAUCAAACAUUUAUGCUAAAGAAAGAAGAUGGGAAGAUGUUGGAGAGGUGAGGAGAUUAAUGAAAUAUAAAGGUAUUUCUAAGGAAAGGGGAUGUAGUCGGAUAGAAUUAAACAAUGAGGUACAUGAAUUUUUUAUGGCAGAUAGAAAUCAUAAACGGACAAAUCAGAUCUAUGAGAAAUUAGACGAGGUGGUUAGUGAGUUGAAAUUGGUUGGUUAUGUUCCAAAUACCUGUAACAUUCUGGUUGAUUUAGAAGAGGAAGAAAAGAAAGAAGUGGUUCUCUGUCAUAGUGAGAAGUUGGCAGUAUGUUAUGGACUAAUGAGUGAUCCGAAAGGGAGGUGCAUUCGCAUAGUGAAGAAUCUUAGGAUUUGUGAGGACUGCCAUACUUUUAUGAAGUUGGUUUCAAAAGUUUAUGAGAGAGAGAUUGUUGUCAGAGAUAGGACGAGAUUUCACCAUUACAAGAAUGGUGCCUGUUCUUGUAAAGAGUAUUGGUAACCAGAUGCUUUUUUGCAAGACUGUUUCAUAUAGUUGAAGUGAAACUCCUAAAUGCUACAAAUUUUAGCGA